AUGGAAACAAUAAAAUCAAGAACAGGGGAACACCUUCACAACAUCGUUUCCUCGCGAUCCGAAGUUCGAGCUGUUGAUCCACAGCAUAAUGCCGGUGAUGAAGAUCUUCUUAAUCAGAUUGGUUACAAGCAAGAAUUGAGACGCCAUUAUUCAACACUACAAGUUUUUGGUAUCGCAUUUUCGAUCAUGGGUUUACUACCUAGUAUUGCGUCAGUAUUAGCCCAAGGUUUAGAAGCAGGACCCGCGGGUCUCGUCUGGGGCUGGUUCAUUGCUAGUCUUUUCAUAUUCAGCGUUGGUAUGUCUAUGAGUUUUUUGGGUAGUGCUAUACCAACCAGUGGUGGAUUGUACUACUACACAAAUUAUUAUUGUCCUGAUAGUUUUAGAGUCCCAUUGAGUUUCUUAAUAGGUUGUUCCAACUCCCUUGGUUUAAUUGGUGGCUUGUGCAGUAUUAGUUAUGGAUUUGCUACUGAAGUAUUAUCAGCAGUGUCAAUAUCGAAAGAUGGUGAUUUCGACAUCACUAAUGGGAAAUGUUAUGGAGUUUUCGCAGCCUGCGUCAUUACAAAUGUGAUUGUUGCUUGUCUAACUACAAAACAUGCAGCUUCUUUACAAACGGCAUCAAUCGUAUUAAAUGUAUUACUUGUGUUGUUGUUUUUGAUUGCAGUUCCAGCUGGAUUUGGUUCAGAUUUCAAUUCGAGGGGGUUCAUAUUUGGUAACUUUGAAAAUGCUCGUGAUUGGGGCGUCGGUUGGAGUUUUUUCAUUUCUUUACAACCUGCAGUUUGGGUUAUAGGUGCAUUCGACUCCGUGAUUCAUUGUUCUGAAGAAGCAUUGAGUGCCCAAAGAUCAAUCCCUGUGGGAAUUUUGGGGUCCAUUGCUGCAUGUUGGUUUCUCGGUUGGUUUGUGGUUAUUGUCUGUGCUGCAUGCAUCAAAGAUGGUGAUGUAGCUAGGGUGUUGAAUACCGCUACAGGUUCACCCAUGGCACAAAUCAUAUAUGAUGCAUUGGGUAAGAAAUGGGCAGUGGCUUUCAUGUCAUUGAUCGCCGUGGGUCAAUAUUUUAUGGCUAUUUCAAUUACAAUUGCAUUAUCAAGACAAAUCUGGUCUUUUGCAAGGGAUGAUGGAUUACCAAUUGUUUACCAAUACGUGAAAUACGUUAACCCAAAAAUCAAGAUUCCAGUUCGUGCAUCAAUUUUCGCUGGUAUCUUAGCAUUGAUAUUGGGUUUGCUUGUUCUCAUUAACGGCACAGCUGGUUCAGGUGCUUUAUUCUCAUUAGCCAUCUGCUCAAAUAGUCUUGCCUGGGGUAUGCCAGUAGUUUUAGUUUUAUUACCCUAUGGAAAGAAGAGAUUUAUACCGGGACCUUUUUACUUUGGUAAAUGGAUCAGUACAACUAUAUGUUUUGUGGCAUGUUGCUGGUUAAGUUUUAUCAUUGUAUUGACGAUGUUCCCUGAUUCAAAAAAAGUCGAUAAGGAUUCAAUGAAUUAUACAGUUGUCAUUAAUGUUGGGGUGUGGAUUUUGUCGUUGGUUUAUUAUUUUACUUGGGGUUACAGAGUAUAUUCAGGGCCAAAGAGUAAUCUUGAUGAGCCUGCCCCAGAAUACUUCGAAGGUACAAGUGUACAGGGUAUGGACGAAGUGUUACUGGAGAAGGUAUAG